AUGUGGUUUCUGCUGAUUGAACACCUCGUCUUUGUGCUGGGCUCCAUACUCCUGAGCAUCUUCGUCAACAAGGGGACGGAGGAACUGUUGAGAGUUAUCCUCCUUGGACUCAAGUCCCUCCCUGGUGUGAGCGGGCUUCUCGUGAACGUCCUCAGGAAUGAAGCCACUAACUUCAUCAAGCAGGUGAACCUCGGAAGCAAAGAUGGCAGCAAACCUAUAACAGUAGUCAUUCCCGAAAAAGGUAUCGAGCCGAAAGAGUUGCUGAAGGAGAUGGAGGAGAUGAGGAAAGCAGAGGUCAACCACAUUGACGGCAAGAUCUUCGCCUACACCUACACCUUGGAGGACGACCACCUCGAGAUGCAGAAAGACUGCUUCAAACUCUUCCAGGAGAAGAUCGGAUAUUCAGUAGACCAUGAUGAACUGGUGAAACAGUUCCAGAUGGCUUUUCUACACGAGAAUGCUCUCAACCCCAUGUUGUACCCAAGUCUCAGAAAGAUGGAAACGGAAAUUGUUAGCAUGACGGCGAACAUGUUGAACGGUGACAAAGAAACAGCAGGCUUCCUGACUUCCGGCGGAACUGAAAGUGUCCUGAUGGCGGUGAAGACCUACCGGGACAGGGCACAAAAGCUCUUCCCAACCAUCAAGAACCCUGAGAUUAUAGCGCCGACAACUAUCCACCCUGUGAUGGACAAAGCUGCGGCCUACUUCGGUCUGAGGGUCAUACAUGUGCCGGUCGACAGUGACCUCAGAGCUGACGUUGAAGCUAUGGAGAAGGCUAUCACACCAAACACCAUCCUUCUGGCUGCCUCUGCACCCCAGUUUUGUCAUGGGAUCGUCGACCCUAUUGAAGAGUUAUCCAGCGUUGCUGUAAAGAGAAGCUUACCGCUACACGUUGAUGCCUGUUUUGGAGGUUUCAUGUUGCCAUGGGUCGAGAAACUUGGCUAUCCCGUUCCUAAGUGGGACUUCAGGUGCCCAGGUGUGACGUCAAUAUCAGCAGAUGUUCACAAAUACGGUUUUACUGUCAAGGGGGCGAGCGUAAUCGCCUACAGGAACUCCGACCUACGGAAGUAUCAGAUCUUCACAUAUGCUGAGUGGCCUGGUGGUCUGUACGGCUCUCCGAGUCUUGCCGGGACCAGGCCUGGUGGCAACAUAGCGGCGGCCUGGGCCUCUAUGAAGGGGUUGGGAGUUGAAGGAUACCUGGAGAAGGCUAAAGAACUGAUGGAACUUACAGAGAAAAUGAAGGAAGGCGUCAGAAAGACAGAUGGUAUCUGCAUCAUGGGAAACCCCGUUAUGACUUGCUUCGCUGUUGGUUCCGCUGACGAUCAAGUGGACAUUUUGGCUGUAGCCGACGCUAUGGAGACGAGAGGUUGGAAAAUCGAGAGAACUCAGAAGCCCAACAGUUUCCACUGCUCUAUCCUGCCACAUCACAAGUAUUCGGCUGAUGCAUUCACAGUCGACCUGGAUUCUUCAGUGAAGGAAUGCCGGAACAACAAGUCUCUGUCCAAGAAAGGCACUGCAGGUAUGUAUGGUAUGAUGGCAUCAGUGCCGGACAAGGCUAUCAUCAACGAUUUCAUCAAGGAAUUCUUCAGUGAGGUCUACAAAGUUCAGUAACGACCUCGCCGACGAUGGACGGUUAUAUGCAGCUCCGCAUUGACGUGUCAACUGAUGUCGUGAGACGCCAUGUACCUGUUUUCAUGACAACCAUCUUCAAGGUCAUGUUUAUGAGAAAAUCAAAAUUAAUAUAUUUGCACGGUUAUUGGAUUGUUUACAAGAAAACAACGCACGCGUUGUAACUGCAUAUAGUCAUACAGUUGAUGUAUUGUUUGUAAAUAAAUACUUAACAUUU